AUGGCAACUCAACUUGAAUUCUCCGCGCUUAGAGACGCGAUGAAGGGCUUACAAACAACCGAAGGUUACGAUGUUCUGGUGUCUUACUCUGAGGAAAAAAUUAAUCAGUUUCUCCGGGCGCGCUCAGAAGAACUGAAGUCAGUCCUGGAAAUUGGCCCACUCAGGACAUCUGUCAAGUUCUUUGGCAGGAAAUACGAUGUUGACAUUUACAUGAGUUUGGACCAUCCUCUUCUUCAAUUCGCGGACGACCGUGGAAACAUUGUUCUGAAAUAUAACAUCCAAAAAGCACACUAUGAGGAUAUAAAGACCAAAGAUACCACCACCUUUCCCGCCGGCAUGGUGUUAAGCUUUGAUACAAAAUUUGCCAAUGCCACUGGUACAGUGGAAUCAAGUCAGAGCAAGGAUGGAUUCGCGGGAAGUGGGAAAACCGCAUCGGCAAAUGAACUAGUUAUCAUCAACCCAAACGAGAAGAACGUGUCACAGGGUGUCUGCAUCACCUUUGAGAAAGCCUCGGUCGAUUUAAUAGGCACCACGGACGCUUCCAAGGAGGCUGUUCAAGAUAAUUUAUUCGUGUUAGGUGCUCUCAAAAAGUACUUCCAGGCUAAUGCCGAACUCAAAUACUAUGUCGCCGGUGUUUCCAAUGAAUACAAACCAGAGUCAGGAUCUCAUUCCUUACAGCCUCGCUCAUUUUCUUUCAGCACAUUGAAAGGCAAUACUCCAAAGGAUAAAUCGGCCUUGUGUAUGUGGAUCUCAGUGAAAGAAGGAACAAACCGAGACCAAAGCUCCAAUAAGGACUUCACAUCUAUAUUCCAUGCCACGGGUUUGAUUCCUAUUCCCAGCGGACGCAGUUGCAGCAUUAUUAUGCACAAUGAUUUGGUUGCCAAACAAUUCUUUAUGUCUGGUCUAAGCACAGGGUUCAAGAAUAUGUCUAGUAAUGGUGAAUUGAAAUUCAGUGGAAACAUGGUAGCCGAUGAUGUUGUAGUCCCGGCGAGACCUCGGACCAAUCCUGUUAAAAUGGAUGGUAUUACAUUCAGCCCGUCUAAACCGGUGACAUCAAUCUCUUUCAGCAGCGACAUCAAUUCCAAGGCUCACAAGAUAAGCUACACCAGCGAUGAGCAGCAUGUGGACUGGUCAUAUUACACAACUACCGUCGGCAUGAACGGCGAGCGGUGGAUGGUAGAACACCAUGGCACAACAAAUCUUGUGUUUGGAUGGACCGCAACAGGCUCAUGGAAAGAUAGAAAGACCACUGGUCACCCUAAUAUGCUCGGCCUCGAGUGGACAGGUGACAAAGAUUGGACGAUCACUAAAUCUGCGAAGGACCAAGAAUGGUGGGAAGUUAUCACUGGGGGCAGCACCAAUAUUCCUGAGAAUCUUCAGAACUUAACGGUCCCCCGUCCGAAUGUGGAUCUGGAGAUGAACACACUCGACUAUUUUUUGACUACGAACUUACUUUAUCCGGGCAAGCACAUCUUCAACGCUGAUGAUCCUUCUUCAGCCAGCACUGACAAAGGACUUGCCCUUCCUCAUGACUUGAUUUUGACUGGCGAAACCAAGAUCAAUUGA